AUGAAAACUAUCAUUCAACUAUUCUUUGAUGAACUAUUCCAAGUUAUGUUCAGUAUUACCAACCCAUUUUAUUCCAUCACCCACGAUCAGAGAAUGUGUAUGGAGAACUUUUACAAAGAAAUCGCGGCAUUUGAUGACAUUCCACAAAAAAUCACCAACCAACUUUCACUACCUCUCUCAAAUUGGAAACACUUUCUUGGAUCACUGGAAUCACUACACGAGAUUUUAGAAGGUUACUUGAAUAUAACACUAAAAGCAGAAUGUGAGAGAGGACUGACAAGAAUGGAGACCUGUGCACAAUGUCAGCGAAUAUCAGAGAAACCAUGUAGAGCAUACUGCGUGAAUAUUCUAUCAGGGUGCACCCAUCAAAUGUUGGAUAGUGAAGGCGCAUGGAAAAUGACAACUGAAAGCAUCGUGAAACUUGCCCACCAGCUAAAUCACCGCCAGAAUCUUGUCUCUGCUCUCCAACCAAUACCGGUACUUAUCAGUGAAGCGGUUAUGCACUUCCAAGAGAAACGAGAUUAUAUCACCAACAAAAUGAUCGGAAAAUGCCUUCUCGACAAUGCUGAUUUUGGUCUCCGAAGAAAACGUUCCAUAGCAUCUUCCGACUUCAGAGCGUUAUCUGUAAUCCCUUCCAAAAAGUCUCGAGACCAUUUAAUUCUCAACCAAAUGUUUCAAUCGUUUAGCAGCAAGAUGGAAGAAAUAAAUGUGUUUUUCGGGAAUGUGCCCGAAAACGUGUGUGGGGAAGAAGACUGGGCGAGUAAGGAUGAUGAAAGGUGCUGGAAUGGAACUUAUGUUGGGUCUUAUAACCUUCCAACUGUUAAUUACACACAUCCUUUCAAGAACCCGGAGUACCAAGGAGUAGAUUUUUUGACAUUCAGAGGAAGCUACAUAGAAGAGCGUCUUCGUCUCCACUGGCUCCAAUCCCGUGUAUCUCACAUUCUAUCCGGAAAAGAAAAAGAAUCUCAGAAGGCACAAACCUAUUACUCCCAUAAAGCAGAAGCACGAGUACAAACCGAUGAUGAAGACUAUGCCGACUAUGAUUAUGAAGGCUCCGCGAAUUCUCCUGGUUCUGGCAGCAAUGCGUUAUCCUCAUCCUCCAAACGAGAAUAUUCGCCUUACUUCAGGAAAAACGAUGAAAAAAUUGAAAUAGUUAUAGAACCUUAUCCAGUGAAAUCAUUUUCUGUUUUCUCCAAAUCGUUAUUUUUACCAGUUUUUAUCCUGAAUUAUCACAUGCAAGAAGAUAAUGACAAAUCGAAAGUGGCAAGAAAACGAAGAAGAGUAGAAGAGAAGGAUUCAGAAGAAGAAGACUCGGUAUUCUCGUCGGACAACUAUUCAGUGGACUCAUCAGCAGAAGGAAGCAUAGAAUACAACGAAGAAGACGGAGAAAACGACGAAAAUAACUCUGAAAAACUAGAUGAAGUAGAAGCAGUAAUAGAAUACGAAGAUAUCGCUGAGGAAAACGUUUUGAAAGAAACAAAAACCAAGGAAUCGGCGAAUGAAGAUAUCAUAGAUAGAGCAUUAAGGUAUAAGGACGCAGAUAGAGAAGCUUUUGGGAAAGAUAUUGGUAUACUCAUCUGCGCGACAACGGCGUUAGCAGUGAUGAUUUACUUGAUUCUGACUUUGUUGGGACUAACAGCCCCUGCUCGCCCACUAGUCGUAUCAAAAGGAGCUGCAAAACCAUUCUUCCUGCCAAACCAAAGAAGAUACAUAGAAGACAGUUAUGAUGGCUCCAUUCGACUCUCAACAAAUCUUACAAUGUCUGUUGUCCUUCUAUACUCGCCGUAUAGUAUAAAAGCAAAAUGGUUCCGAGAGGAGUAUUAUAACACUGCAAAAGCGAUGAAAAAACUUCAUGGGGAUUGGUCACCUUACUUCGGAGCGACAAAUUGUUUUGACACCAACUCCUACUGCCGGAGGAAAUACAACCUCAAGAAGUAUCCAGCAAUAAUGGCGCAGAAUUCAGGGUUGAUGGGAUCGGUAUACAACGGACCACUCAAUGCAGUGUACAUGACAAGAUGGCUCAAUCGCCUCCAAAACGCAGUAUUCCGACUUCACUCGCCUGAAGACUUGACUAACAUCGCCAGGACAUACGAUUUGAUUGUUAUUCUUUACCACGAAGUCAGAACUCCACCAACCGGAUUCCAAUCAGCUCAUAAUUUCACAAAGCUGGCGUACCACUACUUGGACGGUGAUCCGAACUCCGAGCGAACCAUGUUCUGUGUAGUAAACGAUGCCAAGUUUGCCGCACAACUCCAAUUGCACAAUGAGCAUGACGUUGUGAUUGUUAGCAGUGAGUUGAAGCUAUUGGGAACACAUUACAAAGGAUGGACCAUCGAUUCAGUCGUCAAUGAUUUGUACAGAAAAUCAAAGGAGAUGAUGAAAAAUCGAAUUGAGUUCUUGAAUUUGGGUAAAAGAUUCCAUUCUACUCAGCUUGUUGAGAAAUUCCAACAAAGUUCCGUUCUGCUGUUUUUCACCAAAAACAUCCGUUAUGGAAAUGAAAGACAUCAAAUGCUGCGAGAUAUUGUUCUUGAGUAUCGAAACUGUCCGAUGCAGGAUUUGCUAUCAAUCGAAGUCGAAUCAUCACACAAAUUUGUGAAUAAUUGCUCAAUUAGUGUGCAAGGAGCGUUUUGCAAUGUAAAUAAUACACUAUCCUUCAUGAUGAUCGACUCUGAAGUGGAAAAUGCUCUAGCAGCGAAAUAUGGAGCUGAUAUUGAAGAUAUGAUAGUUGCUAUCAAUUCUAAGCAGGAGAUCACCCGCUACAUGCGCGGAAAUAUAACGAGAGAAAAGAUAAACUGCCUUAUCCAUCAGCACCACAAUGUAGCAGACAAUGAGUUCAUAACUGAAUCAACCUCAAUCAUCAUGCCAACAUCUGAACCAUCAGAAGAUAUUCAUAGUGACGCUGUUGGGGAACCGUCGAUGGUAAAAUUUGUUGAUAAUCCUUCAGAGCUGUUGAAAAGUCGAAAGAUCAACGUGAUAUUGUUCAGUGGAGGGAUCUGGCAUAGUGCGUCUAGUUCAGCAAUCGCCCCAUUUCAUCUCGUCGCCAAUCAUUUUAAAGAAUCAAGGAAUUUGAUUGAUUUUUCAAUGGUCGACGCUUCUGAAACCAAUCUUCCGUAUAAUCUUGACUUCGAGAAGCUUCCGAAAAUUUUGAUAACAAGUGCAGACAGUGUCGGGUUGAGUUGGACGUAUCCUGAAGAGUUUAUGAUAAACCACACUAACAUUGCUCGUUUUGUUUUGUCAAGGCCUGGAAAGAUAUUUGGACGACUACGAUGGAUGGAUUCUUGCCAAGGAGCGUGUCGUAAACGGGCUCAGUGGCAAAUGCGAAGAAAACGAUUGCAGCUCAAAAGACAGCUGUCUCGUAACGUUGCGAACAGUAUGAGACCACGAGUUCUAAUUGGGUACUACGACAGGAUGCUUCGAAUGAUCAGUUGA